AUGUCUGGCGAAUCCGCCAAACUGGACUGGUCCGGCAGGGCCAACCUUUUUGUAUCUCCCCAGCUUUCCCCCCAUCUGCCACCGACAAUCAACCCUUCAAUCCAACAAUUGCCACCCUUACAACUUGAAUUUCCGACGUUGCAAUACCAAGCUGGCCCAUUUCCUGCCGCUACUGGCACCGGUUUGGGUUCCCCAAGCGGAUUAGGUCCCAGAACCAAUCACCGCACCCCUGAUGCGGGCCCGAAUGGGUUUGGUCCCCCCAGCACUGGCUACGGCCCGCGGGGUUUUGACACCGAGCAAAACUCCGAAUUUUCUAGCCAAACAGGAGGUGCGGGCUAUGAUACCGGCAGCGUGGUCGGCUCUGAGAACCCUGAAGAUGUAGAAGACAAACCUCUGCAGGAGCUCCCAAUCCUUGGAGUCGAGCACUUGGGAAGCAUGGUGGAGUACCUAGCCCACUGUCAUAUAGCAAUCAACGACUACCACACGCAAUUACAAUUAGAACACAACAAGAUAACCCACUGGACAUAUUUUCGCCGCGCCCAUCCGGAUAAACUCCUACUUCUGAGAUUCGCCGACGGGCCAGCACACCAGUUGUGUGACGGGCUCCCCCGUUUCAUAGAAAAUCUUAGAAGAAACCGGCGAGAAAUUGAAAAUAAAACCAUUGUCUUCUGUCAUGGCGCCGCCAUCAUCAUCCGUCAUGGUGCCGCCAUUGUCAUCCGUCAUGGUGCCGCCUUCCAGCGGGGCUUUGUCGACAAAGAAGUCCCAAAUAAGCUCCACCUUGUGCUCCUUCAAGGGAACCCCAGCAUGCCCCUUGCCCGCGACCUGCUCCAACCCCUCGUCCUCUUCGCCCUCCUCCAGGCCCUCCUCUGCAUCCCCCACCAGGCCAAGCAGCGGAAAGAGUCCAACAACGUCGGCUCGGUCCAGCGUCUGUCCCAGCGCCGCUCGCCGCACAUGGAUCGAUGUAAAUAA